UAAAUCUCUAUCAUAGUUUAGUUUUCAGUCAGUAAUCAAGUGUGUGGACUCAUGUAAAUAUGGCAGACGAGGGAGCGGUUGUGAUGCAGCAGAUUGUGGACAGGAGUUGCUGGGUGUGUUUUGCCACAGAUGAGGAUGAUCGUACAGCGGAGUGGGUGCGCCCGUGCCGCUGUCGUGGUUCCACUAAGUGGGUUCAUCAGUCGUGUCUUCAGCGCUGGGUUGAUGAGAAGCAGAGGGGAAACAGCACCGCACGCGUCGCCUGCCCACAAUGCAAUGCUGAGUACCUCAUCGUGUUCCCUAAGCUUGGGCCGGUGGUGUAUGUGCUGGAUCUGGCAGACAGGUUGAUCUCGAAGGCCUGCCCGUUUGCUGCUGCUGGAAUCAUGGUGGGAUCCAUCUACUGGACGGCCGUCACGUACGGGGCUGUGACUGUCAUGCAGGUUGUGGGUCAUAAGGAAGGUCUGGAUGUGAUGGAACGGGCCGAUCCUCUCUUCUUGUUGAUCGGCCUGCCCACCAUCCCAGUUAUGCUUAUUCUGGGGAAGAUGAUUCGCUGGGAGGAUUACGUGCUCCGCAUCUGGAGGAAAUACUCCAAUAAGCUUCAGAUCCUCAACAGUAUCUUUCCAGGUAUCGGCUGCCCAGUGCCCAGGAUCCCGGCAGAGGCCAGUCCGCUGGCCGAUCACGUGUCGGCCACACGGAUCCUGUGCGGAGCCCUCGUGUUCCCCACCAUCGCCACCAUCGUGGGCAAACUGAUGUUCAGCAGCGUCAACUCAAAUCUUCAGAGGACCAUUCUGGGUGGCAUUGCGUUUGUGGCUAUUAAAGGGGCGUUUAAGGUCUAUUUCAAGCAGCAGCAGUAUCUCCGGCAGGCUCAUCGCAAGAUCCUUAAUUUCCCCGAGCUGGAAGAGGCCUGAGCUCAUCGACCGAUUCCAUCCUCCGU